AUGGCUUUUUCAAUCCGACCUGCUACGGUCGAUGACCUAUUCGCUGCCCAGGCAUUAAAUCUGACAUGUCUGCCGGAGAACUACCAACUUAAAUACUAUUUCUAUAAGCGGCUGUCAUGGCCACAGCUCCAAUUCGUCGCUGAAGAUGCCCACAAGAACCCAGUCGGUUAUACUCUUGGCAAAAUUGAGACCGAGGAAGAAGGCGAUAAGUCGUCAGUUGGUCACAUAACCAGUUUGGGCGUGCUGCGGACUCAUCGACAAGCCGGAUUGGCGAAGAUGCUAAUGAAUGUGGCCCACAAUACAAUGGUGGACACGUUCGACGUGAAGAAAUCAUCAUUACAUGUACGGGUUACGAAUCUGUCGGCGUUCAGCUUGUACUGCAAUGUGCUAGGCUACCAGGUUGAUAAAUGCGAAGUGGGGUACUAUGAGAAUAAUGAAGAUGCGUUCAGUAUGCGGAAAGUAUUGCAGGCACCGGUUAGCAGACCGACUGCUACUACCACCACCCGUGUAAAGAAGGGCAAAAAGGACAAGGGUAAAAAGAGGCGAUAA